AGCAUCGCAAAUCUUUCUGUCCUCCGUCCAGAUCACCGCAGAUCCGCUUCUGAUUAUCAUCACCGUGCGAAGAAGGAGUUUGACUCCGGCUUAGUGAGAAGCAACUCUGCACAGCAAAACGCGGCGCGAAACAAUCACCCAGCGCGAGAGGCGCAAUGCAAGCACCAUUCACGGUGCCAGCCCAGCACUCGGGCAAGAAAGGGAUCGCAACUGUUUCGUCCAUCAAGCAGGUUUUUGAAUGGCGUCCAGCGGCUGCGCGUGACGAUUCUGUCGAGGCUUCUGGUGAUACGAUUGUUAUCCAGCUUGGAGAGCUAUCGAGUCUACAAGCUUCUCCGGCUACACAUCCAAAAGCUCGACUAAAAAUCAAAACAAAAGCAGACGCGCAGUACGUCUUCCAGCUUCCUAAUCGCGCCAACCUCGACGCUCUCAAAACCGUUCUCUCCUCCGCCAUCUCGGCAGCGCAGCAGUCUGCCUCGACAACCGCAGCAGCAGCAGCAGCGGACUCAGCAGCAGUUGCUGCUGGAUCAGUGGGUACCCCGGCAAAAAAUGGCAAAUCACCAACGAAAGCCGCGGGUGACGCCAGCAAGUCCUCCUCAAGUGCUCUUCCCCAGAACAAGGGAAUGAGCGACGCCGAACUUCUAGUCGACCGAGAACUCCAGCAAAGUCUACUAAAGUCCAACAGCGAGCUGCAGCAGCAAUUUCUCGAUGCGGUCGUCAAGCAAAGUCUUCCGGCCGAGGAGUUUUGGCGAACACGAAUUCCCCUGCUGCGGAUGCAUUCCCUCGUUCGGACGCAGAAUCGCGGGCUUUACAACGUGCUGGCGUCGAUCAAGCCUGUGAGUACGACGCAGGCGAACAGUACCGGUACCGAGACCGGACAGGCGCAAGUCAAAGUCUCGCUGUCGCCGGACAAGAUCAAGGAUAUCUUCCGUCAGUACCCGGUCGUGAACAGAGCGUACCAGGAAAACGUGCCGCCGCUGAAGGAAACCGAGUUUUGGUCUAGAUUCUUCCUCUCACGUUUGUGCCGCAAACUUAGAGGCGAGCGGUUGAGCGUGAACGAUCCGGUCGACGCUGUCAUGGAUAAGUACCUUAAUCUAGACCAGGACGGUCUGACUGCUGAAGAGCGCGAGAGAGAGAAUGAGAAUACCAAAGUGAUGAGGUUUGUCGACAUUGAAGCAAACGAAGAAGAUGACAGUCAAAAAGCGGGUAAUCAGCCAGAUAUUACUAUGCGCCCGAGCACACAGAAAGAUGCGUUGUCAAUCAUACGGACGUUCAACGAGCUCAGUCAACGAAUUGUUGACAUUGUCCAAAACGAGGCCGAACAACCCGAGGAAGAGACUGAAAAACUAAAGGAGAAAGAACUACAGCUCCAGGACUUGGAGCCCGAAGCUGCCGCGACCAGGGUAGAGCUACAUCUCCACCGGUCGAGCGACUCCGGCAUCGCAAAGUCCGGCGAUGACUCGUCCGACCUGCGCGCGGACCAGAACAACCACUCGGCAUCCGAGCUGCUGCGGAAUAUGAAAAACUCGCUUCCCAAAGGCCCGAUAAACGAUCUACUGACCUCCACGAUCCCGUCGUCGUCGAUGAUCACGCACGCACAGACCCAGGUCUUCAAGUUGAUCGUCGACCGCAGGCAUACCGAACAAGAGAAAAACACGACGGCCGACGCCGAAACCCCGGCGGCGGACGCGGCCGUGAUCCGCGAGAUGAAGCUAUCGCACGCGACUGCGGUCGAGUUUCUCCACCACUUUUGGGCAGCUUUUCUUUCCGGCGACCCUGCGCGGGCCGCGAGCGUCGCGCAGCUCGCGGCGUCGGUGGAGAAGAGUAAAGUGCGACUACAGGCUAUCGUCGACCGGCAUAUCGAGAGCGUUGCGAAUAAAGAUCCGGCCGCGCUCGAGCAGGAGAAGGAGCGCGUGAAUCGGUACGUUGGCAUUACGCUCAAGGCGAUUGACAGCGCGUGUAAGACUUAUAAGGACUUGCUGGCGAAGCAGCAACAGCAACUGCAGCAGCAGCUACAGCUAAAUGGCGGCGGCGAUCAUGGUAGUAGCACGGCCGAGACAUGAGGUUUUGAAUGUAUAAUGUACUGUAACUUUAUCAACUAGACUC